AUGAUCAUUAAUGAGCUUAACAAAUGCCCAGCCAGCCCGCCCAGCCAGCCCGCCCAGCCCGAGCCGCCUGCACGCCCAGCCAACCCGCCCAGCCAGCCCGAGCCGUCUGCACGCCCAGCCAGCCUGCCCGCCCAGCCUGCCCGCCCAGCCAGCCCGCCCAGCCAGCCCGCCCAGCCAGCCUGCCCAGUCAGCCCGCCCAGCCUGCACGUCCAGCCUGCACGUCCAGCCAGCCCGCCCAGCCAGCCUGCCCAGCCUGCACGCCCAGCCAGCCCGCCCAGCCAGCCUGCCCAGCCAGCCCGCCCAGCCAGCCCGAGCCGCCUGCACGCCCAGCCAGCCCGAGCCGCCUGCACGCCGAGCCAGCUCGCCCAGCCAGCCCGAGCCGCCUGCACGCCCAGCCAGCCCGCCCAGCCAGCCCACCCAGCCAGCCCGAGCCGCCUGCACGCCCGACCCCCACCAGUCUAG